GAUUAUGACGUAAUGCACACAAGCUAACAGCUGACGGAACGCUACAAGUGGAUCAGAAAACUGACAACUCACCUUGCCUGGCCAGUUUUAAAGAUAACUCUUCAAGGUGGUCGACAAGAUGCCGAAGUAUUGUUCUGCACCGAACUGCAAGAAUGAUUCUGGAAACAACAAUUCUGAUAGGAAAAGCUUCUAUAAGUUUCCACUGCAGGAUCCAGCUCGGUUAGAACAGUGGUUGAAAAACAUGGGUCGUGAGGACUGGAGCCCUUCCAGACACCAGUACAUCUGUCAUGAACAUUUUGCAUCUUCCAGCUUCAAGCUGCGCUGGGGGAUUCGCUACCUGGAGAAUAAUGCUGUGCCCACUGUCUUCCAGCUCACUGAGAAACGUAAAGGUGAGGAACACAGUGAGAGUCAGAAACCCAAAAGGCUGCGACACGGCAGGAAACCACUGACCACCUCUUCUUCUGACGUUGGGAUGCCAGUUAGUGACUCCACCGACAGUGACAACACAUUGACACUCUAUGAGGUCACUGUUAACCCCUCUGCGACUGAGGAGGCACCGCUGCUGGAGGAGCGGGGCGUGACUAGCCACACAGCACCUCUGCCACUGUCGGCGUUGGAGGGGAGGAGCCAUGACGUGACUGGCCACACAGUUGGCCCACUGCACACAGCACCUCUGUCGGCAUUAGAGGGGAGGAGCCAUGACGGGGCUGCGGGAGACUUCCCUGUUACGGUGUUCCAGACGGUAGAGGAUCUGGGUGGGCUGGACGGGGAGGUGGUGGUGUCACAACAGCUGGAAGAGGUGGUGAGUGGGGUCACAGCGGCCAUCUUGACUGAGGGUCAUGACCUCGGAACGACGGAAGAUGUCGGCAAUUUUGUGUUGUCCCCGACGUCUCUGGUCAUGGAGAACGUCUCUCCUGAGAUGGAGGAGGAGCUGUCUGUCUCCCAGGACGACCACAAUGGUGGGGCUCAGAUCAUCGCCUACUUUGAGACGAUUCCCAACAUCUUGUCCAGCGGGGCGGCUCAGUUCAGCAUCGCCCCAGACACUGUGCUGUCCUCAGCUCUCAGCCCCACACCCAUCGUCUCCACACUGCCUAUAGUGUCCAAGCACAUGCCCCCCUCUCCUGCAUCACUUAUCCUCACACUGGAGAGACUGGCGACAGAGGAGGACGAGACUCCAGAGGAGGACGAUAUGGAACAUCGGGGAAGCCAACUGGAGGAACAUCGGGGAAGCCAACUGGAGGAACACCGCUACAAUAAGAACAGCCUGAGUAAGGAGCAGCUGGAAGCCAUUGUGAUCGAGCUUCAGAAGAAAGUAAAGGUAUUGCAGCAGAGGCACAGGAGACACCUGGAUAAACUUGUGGGUCUGGAAAACACUGUCAACCAACUGAGACAGAACAACUUGCUGAAUGAGGAGCGGGUACAUCUGCUGGAGAGGGUGUGUAUCCAGACCAGUGCUGCUGUAUCGGAGGCAGGAGAGACUGUGGCGAUCAUCUAUGAACAGGACAACACAGCGUACCUCUAUGACGGAUCGGGAUAAACAGUGUACCUCUAUGCCUUGCCUAGUAUAAAGACCGAUAAAGGUUAGGGUCCAGAACAGACUGGGUCAGGUACCAGAACAGACAGACACGGGAUGGGGUCAGGUACCAGAACAGAUGGAUAC